UGAUCUUCAUUUAAUAUAUACAAAGAGUUUUUAGACCCAGCGGGAAAAGUAUUUAGCAUAAUGCAAUUUCUCAUCGUCUAUAAGCCUUAAGGGACAGCACAGAACAGGUUGUGGAUGACUCUCUUUUACUUUCAUGCCAACAAGCAUAAUCCCAUCCAGAUCGCGGGCUUGCCUCACGGCUAUACAUCGCAAAAGUUCGCAUUUAGAUUGAGAUCGUUGAAUAUUCAUUGAUUGGAAUCGCGAAAAGUGGUGAUCAAGAGGAAGAUUUGGACAGAGUGUUGAUUUGACCCCAUUUUAUUCGAAGUAGAACCCGUGCCCGGUCAAGAGUCACUCGAAUAUGCCUAGAAAGUCUUCUUGGUGGGCAGAGAUUUGAGAUGGCCAACAGUUCGAUUCCAUUGGGCAAAAGAAGCAGAUCGAAAUAAUAUAAUGGCACGGUUCAGUGGAGUUAUUUUACUCCUUGCCAUCGUCCUUUUGUCCCUUUUUGUGGCCGAUGGACUUGCGGAGAAGAAUAUUAAUAGGCAGAAGCAGCAGAAGCCUAGACCGGGAAACCAAGGUAUUGCUAACCACAAAAAUAAGCGCCCGAAACCACAACAGGGCCAGAAACAGAAGCCUAACAAGCAACAGGUUCAGAAUGUACAAGAGCCCAAGGUGUUCACUGCAACGGUUCCUAUUCUGGGAAAGCUCCGAGGUCGAACUCUCGCCACCGAUUGGACUGGAAAGAAAAUAAUGCAGUUCCUGGACAUUCCAUAUGGCAAAGCAGAAAGAUUUAAGUCUGCUGAGCCAGCACCAGCUUGGAAGGGUGUCCUUCCCGCCCAUCGACCUCACGCCGGCUGCCCAUCCAUUCAGGAUCUGAUUGUGUUUGCUAAGCUGGAGGAAAAUGGAUACGAAGUGGAGGACUGUUUGCGUCUUACAGUUAAUACCAAGGCGAUGGAAGGGAAAUCUCUGCCCGUGAUGGUGUACAUUCACGGUGACUUCUUCUACGACGGGGACUCCGUGGAGGCAGCUCCUGGUUAUUUGUUGGAGCAGGAUGUCGUCCUAGUGUCCGUGCGCUAUCGUCUUGGACCUUUUGGCUUCUUGUCUACGCUGACCGACGAUAUGCCUGGCAAUGCAGCUGUCACCGAUAUAAUCCUUGCCCUCAAAUGGAUCCAACAACACAUUGCUUCGUUCGGCGGAGAUCCCCAGCGGGUGACGCUCUUCGGCCAAGUGGGAGGAGCUGCACUGAUCAACGUUCUCACCCUGAGUCCAGCGGUUCCGACCGGACUCUUCCACCGCGUCAUCUAUCAAUCCGGUACAGCUCUAUCGCCGGCUUUCAUCACGGAUGCGCCAUUGGCAGCCACUAAAGCCAUCGGUCGGAUUGCAGGAUGCAAACAGCCCACCAAGGUGGACCAACUGAACAAGUGCUUGAGUCACCUGAACGCCACUAUGCUCUUGGCUGCCUUCAGUGUCCAUGGUGAUGAUCAACCCUCGUUGUCCGGAGGUGCGUACGGCGGAGUGCAGCUGGUCAUUGGCGGUCCAUCUGGCAUUCUUCCAGAGCAUCCUGGUCGCCUGCUGGCCGCCGAGAAGUUCCAGGCUUAUCCUACAAUGGGAGGCAGCGUCAAGCACGGAGGCACAUUUAUGCUGAGAGAUAUCUUUUCUGAUAUCUUUAACGAGACGACUUUGGACGACAAAAUGAAUGGGCGGCAGUACAUUGAUACCAUUAUCGAACAGGCAAAUGGCGCAGAUCCUUCAGGAUCCUGGAAAGAGUUCGCCGACGAGGAGAUAUUCACCGCAGCUGAUGUUAAGAACGGAAGCUUCAAGCGCCUUACACCAGGACUGAUCGAUCUUUGCAGCACCAUUUCCCUGAAGAAUCCUGUCUUGCUGGUCCUGCAAGCCAAUGCCAAGAAGUUGCCCAAGAGUACCUACCUGUACAGUUUUGACUAUGAGGGCGAGCAGAAUCGCUAUGCCACAGGUGAGGAUGAGGCUAGCUUCAUACCCUUCGACAUGGGUGUCUCACUGACGGACGACAAUCUGUACCUGUUCCCCUGGCCAAGAUUUCUGGCCCUGAACUCCAACCGUGAUCUCAAGGUGGCCAGGCGCAUGGUGGCCCUGUGGACAUCCUUUGCCACAACGGGCGUUCCCCAAGCACCCGGUGUGCCCACUUGGCUACCGAUGACCGAUGAAACAGGACCGUAUAUGAAGAUUGAUCGCACUGUCAGUUUUGGGGACAACUAUCUGGAUGAAUAUCGCAUUGCCGUGGAUGAGGUGAAGGAGGGAUAUAACCUAGUCAAUGAGGACUACUACGAUCUGGAAUCAGCUCUGUUGGCGGCCAGCAAACAGGAUAAGUUGCCCGCCUCCAAUGAGGAGGAUGACGAGGACGAUACCGAAGGCGAGAGGGCUGCCAAUGAGGGUCGUGGCCAAAAUUGGGUAUUCAUUGCCAGGAAGUCGACGCGCAUCCAAAAACAGUAAAAUCUCUGUCCAGUCCAGCCUAAUUUGUGCUUCUAUUUAUUAAAUCAAUGACCUUCGAUAAUAAAUAAAAAUAUUUAAAAUCAAA